UCUUCAAAGCACCAACCAACCUCGCCCAACCAGUUUCAGUACUCGGUCGGUUCUGUUUCAGCAACAACUCCUACUCCAACAACACAGAGCCCCGCCCCCCGAGCGUUUCUCCAUGGAUUCCGACUACGGCAUUCCAAGAGAACUCUCCGAACUUCAAAAACUCCGAUCUCUCUACCAACCCCAACUCCCUCCUUGUCUCCAGGGAACUACUGUCAGGGUUGAAUUCGGCGAUGCAACUACCGCGGCUGACCCCAGUGACUUCCAAUGCAUAAGCCGAUGUUUUCCCCACACUUAUGGUCAGCCAAUUGCUCACUUUCUCAGGGCAACUGCAAAAGUCCCAGAUGCUCAGAUUAUAACUGAGCACCCGACUAUUAGGGUGGGAGUAGUCUUUUGCGGGAGACAAUCUCCUGGAGGACAUAAUGUUAUAUGGGGUCUUCUCAAUGCUCUUAAAAUCCACAACCCCAAGAGUACCUUACUUGGAUUUCUUGGUGGUUCAGAAGGUUUAUUUGCAAAGACAACUCUCGAGAUAACAGAUGAAGUUCUUUCAACCUACAAAAAUCAAGGUGGUUAUGAUUUGCUGGGAAGAACAAAAGAUCAAAUUAGAACAACUGAGCAGGUUAAUGCUGCCCUAAUUUCUUGCCAAGAUUUGAAAUUGGAUGGCCUUGUUAUUGUUGGAGGGGUUACAUCAAACACGGAUGCUGCUCAGCUUGCAGAAACAUUUGCUGAAGAAAAAUGCGCAACAAAGGUGGUUGGUGUUCCUGUUACUCUGAAUGGGGAUCUUAAAAACCAGUUUGUCGAAGCUAAUGUUGGUUUUGACACAAUAACUAAGGUCAAUUCCCAGCUCAUCAGUAAUGUUUGCACUGAUGCGCUCUCUGCAGAGAAGUAUUAUUAUUUUAUUCGACUCAUGGGUCGAAAGGCAUCACAUGUUGCACUGGAGUGCGCCCUCCAGUCCCAUCCAAACAUGCUAAUUCUUGGGGAGGAGGUGGCUGCAUCAAAGCUUACACUUUUCGAUAUCACAAAACAAAUUUGUGAUGCAGUUCAAGCGAGAGCAGGACAAGACAAGUACCAUGGAGUUAUCUUACUACCAGAAGGACUUAUAGAAAGCAUUCCUGAAGUUUAUGCACUUUUGAAGGAAAUUCAUGUUUUGCUCAGGCAAGGUGUUUCUACUGAUAACAUUUAUACUCAACUUUCACCUUGGGCAUUUGCUUUGUUUGAAUUUUUGCCACCCUUUAUUAAGAAACAGCUGCUCCUUUACCCUGAGUCAGAUGACUCUGCACAAUUAUCCCAGAUUGAGACAGAGAAGCUUUUUGCACAUCUCGUGGAGACUGAAAUGAACAAGCGUCUGAAAGAGGGCACAUACAAAGGGAAGAAAUUUAAUGCUAUCUGCCACUUCUUCGGUUAUCAGGCUCGGGGAUCCUUAGUGUCAAAUUUUGACUGUGACUAUGCCUAUGUUCUUGGGCAUAUCUGCUAUCAUAUUUUAGCAGCUGGUUUGAAUGGUUAUAUGGCAACUGCAACUAACCUGAAGCAUCCUGUGAAGAAUUGGCGUUGUGGUGCUGCUCCAAUUACCGCAAUGAUGACUGUGAAGCAUUGGUUUCAAAAUUCAGGGGCCUUGUCAAUGGGAAAACCUGCCAUUCACCCAGCUACUGUGGACUUGAGGGGAAAAGCAUAUGAGCUGUUGAGGCACAAUGCUGCAAAAUUUUUGUUGGACGACCUUUACAGAAAUCCAGGACCACUUCAGUUUGAUGGUCCUGGUGCUGAUUCUAAGGCUGUAACUCUAUGCGUUGAAGACCAGGAUUACAUGGGCCGCAUCAAGAAAUUGCAGGAAUACCUUGAUAAGGUACGAACCAUCGUAAAGCCAGGAUGUUCACAGGAUGUUCUCAAAGCAGCUUUGAGUGUUAUGGCUUCUGUGACAGAAGUUCUCUCUGUGAUGGCGUCCCCUUCAUCCAACUCAUCUCUCUAAAUAUAGUUAUGCGCAGCCAGAUCUAAUGACCAUGAUACUCGGAUUUCAAAAUAUUAAUAUCCUGAAAUUGUAGGUGUGCAACCGAGUUUGACUUUUUUAUUCCAACAUCAGCCAAAUAAUCAGGAUCAUUGUAUUUCAAGCUCUGGAAGAGAUGAAAUUUUGUUUAUGGUACCGUAUACAUUUUGUAGUUUCAAUGGCAUUGAGGUGUUCUACACAGUUUAAUUCAGUUUCAUGUGUCUGCAAAUGGCAUUGUUUGAUGAUUACUGCAUAGUUUAUGUGCCUUACAGGUGCCAUGGAAGCAAUUGCAUGCCUUUCUUGUUACACCUGCAUUGUGCUGGUGCAAAAGUAUUUCAUGAAAAUGAUAAUAAACUCUAACCCUUUUUUCUCAUAUAGUUCAAUAGCAUCCUUGAGAAAGUUGGCGUGAUUGAUAAGAACUAAUUUACUGGACCAGAAGCCGGUAUAUUACUUAGAGAAGUUCUACAGCCACAAAACAUCAGUUUGCUGGAUUAUUUUUGUUACUCAAGCAUUUCUCUAUUACUUAUUGUAGGACCAUAACAAUCACUAAAACGAGUAAAAAAGAAUUGCUAAAAAUCCAAAAUCUGAAUAUUCGUUUAUACUAGCCAAUGUGACAUGUUUAGUAUUGUGUUUUGUGUGUCAUUAAACAGGUCUGGAAUCAAGUCAGCAAACAUCUUUCCAGUGGCUAGAAAUGAACUGGUUAAUUUUCAAGUCCAUCCUUUUUAAUACAAUGAAAAUCAUUUUCUUCGACCAAAUAAAUGUAAAUAUAGCAUCAUCAGACAUAAUAUCUAGGCUCGUUUAAAGGCUAAAAAGGGAUCAUCAAGGCACCAAUUUCUGUGUAUCUGGGUGCAAGAGUGAGGUAGGAGAGUUGGCUUGGACGGCAAGUGGGUGCAGCGGAUUGUAGAAGCCAAAUAAAUACAAAUAUAGGUAACAGAUUUAUUAUACUUGAAGCAUAAGAUAAGUGAAUGCGUGGGGAAUAAAUCCAAGAGUUAAUACACGAACUACAUUCAAAUGAAUCGAUGGAGACCUACUUUUACCUGUAAUAUUAUUGCUGCUUUCUGCUGUAGUUUGACAGGUUCCAAGUAUCUGCACUUGGAACUGGCUGUGCCUGCUUUUUCAAUGCCAAGACUUCCAAACUUGCCAUCACUUGGUUCAGAUAAAGGUUGCCAUCCUCCUAUGAUCAGCUACAUUGAUAAGGCAGAUUGGGUUCCUUUUCAGCCCAUGAGAGCUUAGGAAACCAAGGCAAGGAAAAGAACCUGGAAGUGUUGAAAACAAAUGGAGGAAAAGAGAGGCUACAAUGCUCACGUCGUGGUUCUUCCCUUUCCUGCACAAGGCCAUAUAAAUCCACUGCUCCAAUUUUCUAAACGUUUAGACUCGAAAGGGAUCAAAAUCACUGUAUCCACUACACUUUCUAGCGUCAAGUCCAUGCAAUCUCGAGCUGGGUCAAUUACACUAGAAUCAAUAUAUGAUGACAACACUGAAGGAGCGCUUGCAAGACCAGCAGCGUUGAUGGGGUUCCUCGAGAAGUUUGAAGUUGUUGGAGCACAUUGCUUAGGAGAACUCUUCAAGAAGCUAGAAAAUUCUGAGUAUCCUGUGAAGGGAUUGGUUUAUGAUGCUAAUUUACCAUGGGCUCUGAACAUAGCUCAGCAACUCGGUGUUGCUAGUGUUGCAUUUUUCACUCAAUCAUGUGCUGCAAUUGCUUGCUACUACCCCAUGUACGUAGAGAUGUGUGGCAAACCACUAUCGGUUCCUGCCUUUUCAAUGCCUGGAUUGCGACAACCUGCACUUCCAAACCCUGCAUCCUUUGGUUCAGAGACAGAACGCUUUCCCCCCUUAAUCAAACACAUAUUAAACCAAUUCAGCAACAUUGAGAAGGCUGAUUGGAUCCUGUUUAACUCAUUCUAUAAGUUGGAAGAGGAGGUUCUAAAGUGGAUAACGAAUCUCUACCCUACAGUUAGAACUAUCGGACCAACUCUACCAUCUGUUUAUCUCGACAAGAGGCUGGAAGAUGACAAAUGUUACGGUUUCAAUCUCUAUAAGCCAAUCAGCGAGACAUACAUGCAAUGGCUAAACUCAAAGGAACCUGCUUCAGUGGUGUAUGUCUCAUUUGGAAGUACUGCAGCUUUGAAUGCUCCACAAAUGAUAGAAAUGGCACAUGCCCUAAGGCAAACCAGCAGCAACUUCUUGUGGGUAGUGAAGGAAACCGAAGAGAGUAGUCUCCCCAACAAAUUUGUGGAGGACACGUCAGGGAAAGGAUUGGUUGUGGCAUGGUGCUCGCAGCUAGAGGUGCUGGCCCAUCAAGCUAUCGGAUGCUUUAUAACACAUUGCGGAUGGAACUCGACUAUGGAAGGAGUAAGCUUAGGAGUGCCGAUGGUGGGAAUGCCACAGUUUCUAGACCAAAUGGCGAAUGCAUAUUUGUUGGAGAAAGUUUGGGAAGUGGGAGUUCAGCCAAAAGUAGAUGAAAAGGGUCUUGCUAGUGGGGAAGAAAUCGAGAGCUGCAUCAACCAAGUUAUGCAGGUUGGAGGAAGAAGGAAGGAGUUUAAGAAGAAAGCCAUGCAGUGGAAACAGUUUGCAAUGGAGGCAAUGAAUGAGGGUGGAAGUUCAGAUAAGUGUAUAGAUGAGAUUAUUGGUCGACUAGUUUGCAGCUGAAAUUCGACUUAGUUUUGGGUUAUGGGCUUCCAACUGUAAGAACAAAGACGAAGCCUCGACAUCGGUUUAUUAUUAUUUCUUCCUAAAAUUGUAGCAAAUUCGUUCAUUGAUUCUCAAUUUGCAAUGAUGUUGUUUUAUUUUGGGUAAUUCUUUUACAUCAUUGCGAUUUAUUAAUGGAAAAUUAUAUUUUUAAGUCA